AUGUACCUGCAGUUGCGUUUUAAAGCGGCUUCGGUAUAUCCCUCGUUUCUUUUUCUUUUUUUUUUCUUUUUUUUGUUAACCACCAGAAUGAACGUCACCUUUUAUUUUCCUCGUCGAGGUUUCAACCGGCUAAAACAAAUCCGUGCUCUCUUUAUUUCCCUUCCCUUCGAUGCUUCUGUCCGAUAAUUCGAAUGGAAUCGAGAUUUCAAUAUUCGAUUACGUAGGUUCUCAAGUUCUAAUUCACUGGUGAUCGUUUUUACGAGAUUUUCGUGUCUGGGCAAAUAAUGCGAAUGUUUUUCAUAAAAUUCCCAGACGUGGAAACAAUACGGACUUCGCGUGUACGAAAUGUACAGAAAGUAAUUUAAAAGAAAAUAGUAUCACUAUCGAAACCAAAUAGAAUAAAAUAGGAAAAAUUAAUCUCCCGAGUCGUUAUAAUUUUUUUUUUUCUUUCUUUAACUAGUGCUAUUAGUGCCAUUUUAGAAAUCCAUCUCCACGAUCUAGAUAAUUUUUUUUUUUAUUUUUUUCUUUCUUCAUUGAAGUUUCAUCGAAUUCUGAGCACUCGAGAGUAUUCAUAAACACUUUGUGUAGAAUUUUCAAUAAAAGUUUCAUUAGUUCUUUGAAUGAAAAUGAGAAUCACCGUGAGUAAUAAGUCAUCGUACUUCAUUUCGUGAUUCAUUACUUCUUCAUCAACGACAUAUUCCACUUAAGCUUUCUUAGCAACUGAUAAAAAUUGUUACGAUUCUUUCUUUCCGCAGACUUCAAAUCGACAAGACUAUUGUUGAAGCCAUAGAAAAACACUGCAAUAUUCAUAUACCAGAAACGUGGUUCUUCAGCUUACAACGGACGGAUUCACUGCCGGAAGAUUAUGAGAUAGAACCACUGACCGAAGAAAUUGACGCCACGAGAUCCUCGGAGAUGAUCCGCGUCACUCACGUCUCGGAUCCAUCUUGCUUUUACGUUCAGAUGGUGCAAAAUCAGCAGAAGAUAUCAGAGCUUAGCAAGGGGCUAGCUACGUUUGCAAAUACGACUGGAAUAAUACCAACGAAUAUCACUUUAAAUUCGCUGUACAUCGUGCAAUACUCGAAAGACAAGAAUUGGUACCGUGCACGUGUCAUUGACAAGAAAACAGUUGCAAACGAUGACGAAAGAUACACUCUAUUGUUCAUUGAUUAUGGAAUCACAGAGGAGAACAAAUUCGAUGGUAUCGAUGUGCAUCAAAAUGAUAACCGGUGAUACCUAUUACGUCGAUCUGUGCGUGAUAUCAUCGAAAGAUUCAGGCUUGAUAUCCGUGAAAGAAAUGUUAACGUUUAUGAAGUACGCGACUUCCAUCUCACCGAAUAAAUUAAUGAAGAUGAAUCCUGAUUCAACAAGGAGAUAUUACAAAGAGCAGUUAGAGUUGGAAACUUUCUCGGAUGUGCAAGUUGUAUUCGUCGAGUCUCCCAGUUCUAUAUAUGUCCAACGAACGCAUUCAAAUAGAUCAUAUUUUUACAAAAUGAUACACGAUAUGACGGACGAUUACGAGAAGAAUAUAUCUGCCACGGAAUACAUGAUUCUCACGCCUUGUAAAGAUUCACCGUGUGCUGCCCGAGGAGUUAACGGAUAUUGGCACAGAGGACUCAUACGCGAAGUUACAGAGAACACUGUACAGGUUUUCUACGUAGAUGUGGGAUACACGUUGAUAUUAAGUUACAAUGAAAUCAGGUCACUCCCGAAGAAAUACAUGACUUGCAGAACACAAGCUAUGAGGAUUGCAUUGAAAAAUAUAAAGCCACAGUCCAACGAUGACCAAUGGGAACCGGAAACUAUAGAGUUCAUAAAGAAAUUUCUAAUGGACAUAAAGAAUUUCAAAGUUGUUCCUUUUAAUAAAGUUGGAGAUACGUACAACGCUGUUAUGUUUACUGCAUAUGAUAAAAUUAAUGUCGCUGAUUUACUAGUGCAAAAACGUUUAGCAGCGUACACUAAUUCUAGUUCCCACAAUACAAGUGCAAUUAACAAAUCCGAAAAUAAGAAGAACAAAUCAAAAAAGAAUGUUAGUCAUGCAGAAUUACGUGGUAAAUUUUACGAUGAUCCGAUGAAAAUUAGCACGGAGAAAAUAAAUGAAGAUCCUUUCAAAGUAAGCGUUCUGAUACACCAAAUGCAAUCUCCAGACAGUAUUUAUGUUUCGGACUCCACGUGUGAUCAAAAUAAAGUCGAGCAAAUGAUGAAACAAAUGCAAGAAUUUUAUGGCAAGUAUCGGGCUGCAAAACGAGACGUUUGGACCAAAGAUACUACCUGUGCAGUUUAUUUAGCGAAGAAUGAAAUGUACUAUCGUGGCCGAAUCGUUGACAUUAAGCCCGACGAUAAAAUAGUUGUAUUUUUAUACGACAUAGGAAUCGAGGAAACUGUAUCAAUGAAUGAUGUACAAUCAUUGUAUCCUUUGUUCUCUAAAACAUCAACAUACGUUUUUAAGAUAAAGCUCACGGGUAUAUUGCCCUGCGGAGGGUCCACUACGUGGCCAUCAUUAUCUUGUGAAAAAUUGCAUGAAAUUAUAAAUAACAAUCAGACGUCUAAAUUCUAUAUAUCUAAAUUGGAAGAUGAGAAUAUGGAAGACUCUGCGAUACCGGUAGAAUUAUGGAUCAAAGAAGUAAAAAUGGACGGGCCAUUAGCGCCAAUAAGAUAUGAAAUUAAUUCUGUUAACAGAAUGUUGAUUGAGAAAGGAGUAGCUUUACCUGUAAAAGAAUAUGUGAAAAAGAGAGAUAAAAUUUUAGCAAUUGAAUUGAAACGACAAUUGGAGAAAAAGUUCGAAAGAUUAACAAAAUGCGAUUCAAACAUAAAAUGGUUCGAAAUUAAAGAUCAGCCCGAUAGUAUUAAAACGAAAAAUGAUACGAUAUGGUUUCAUUCAGACUCUGUUUCUAAUAACCAGAUUUCUGAGAAAAUGGAAGAAAUAUUUGAUAACAUGCCAGCACUGCCAAAAUUGUCAACUUGGCUACCAGUAGAGCCAAUAGAGGAAGAUACGUUUAUCGCUAUACCGACAUAUUUAGAUCAUUAUGGCUUUCUUUAUCUUCAUUCCAAAACACAUAAUGUUAAAAUAUUAAAAUACAUAGAAAUGAAAUUAGAAAAGUUAUAUACCAAUUAUCCAACUGAAUAUUGCGAUACCACAUGGACUGUGGGAAAUCCAUGUAUUGUACAAUAUCAUGCAAAUAAAAAAUGGUAUCGAGGAAAGAUUGUAACAGUUGAAGAAAACGAUAUAAUUAAUGUGGAAUUUGUAGACUACGGAAACGUAGAAGAAUGCACAAUUGGAGAUUUAAAAAAAAAAAUUAUCUUGGAAGAUAUACCAAUUCAAUGCACAAAAUGUUUAAUCGACGGUUUAAAUCCAGGAACUGAAAGUGGACUAUGGGUAUUGGAAGAUUUAGAUAGAAUACAUGGUCUUCUCAUUGAACACGAAUGUGAAGUUACGAUUAUAAAUAGAACUGAAAAUUAUCUCGUUAUUUCUUUGACGAUAUUGCCAAACAAAUACUGCGAAAAGAAAACUGAUCUGAUUGAAUUUCUUAUCAAUGAAUGUAAAAUGAACAUUAAACCUAAUAUUGAAACUAUCACAAGUGAAAAUAGUAUACCUACAAAUAAUACUAAUGCUGUACAAGAAGCAAAUAAGAAUAUUGCUGAUGUUGAAAAUUUAUCGUGGUAUAAAUUACAAAAUAAAAUAAGUACUUCGACUCCUAUUGUUGCUUCUGAAGAAGAUCUUUCAAUGAAUUAUAAACUUCUCUAUAUACCAAAAGACAUAGAAUAUAUUGAGUUGGAAAUGUGUUGUAGUAUUAGUUCUACUAAGUUUUAUGCUCAAUUAAAAGAAAAUAACCAUUCUACGAUACUCCAUGUUGCGCAAAAUUCACCGAUGAUCUUUGGUACCGAUGUCUCAUAAUAGAAUCUGAACCUAUUGUAAAUUCAAAUAAUAUUGAAAUUAAACUACUUUAUGUCGAUUACGGUAACGAUGAAUAUAGAAAAGUAAAUUCCCAAAAAUGUGAAUUAUACACUUUAAAAAAAGAAUGGUUGGAUAUACCUGCUAUUGCAACAAAGUGUAAAUUAUGGAACAUAAAAGUUGGUUCUACAGCAAAUCCUAGUGAAUUACUCUUUCAAUUAGCAAAAAUGUACAAUAAGCGUGUUAUAGCUAAGAUUAAAGAAACUGAUGAAGAAUUCACGAGCAUUGAAUUGUAUGAAGAUGAAAAAUGUGGAAAACUCUUAUAUAAUACUCUAAUCGAAGAAGGUUUGUUUGAAAUUAGACAAAAAGAAAAAUGACGAUCUACAUUAUCCUCAAAUAAUAAUACAUGUUUAUUUUUAUGUUUACAUUUAAUAAGUAAGCUAAAAUUACUUAACUGCAGAAUGGAAGUUUAUGUUUUUGCAUUUAUUCUUGUGAUAAUUUCCUUUUUUAUUGUUGUAAUAUAAAAACUUACCGACAACUAAGUUUUUUUUUAAAUGUUUAUUAUUAUAAAAAAAAAUUUAUUAUAAUUAUAGAAGUACAUUAACGUUGAGCACUUUUAGCAAUUUGUUCUUUAAGUAACAAAAUACUUUGCCUUUGUUCAGGUGGUAACAUAGCGAUUUGUUCAUCAGAUAACUGUAAUACUUGCAUUAUUAAAGCCGCCUUCUCUUGAUCGGAUGCUCCGCUUGGUAUAUUUCCUGCUGGAGACAUGCCUGCCAUAAGCCUGGACGUUGCAGAUGUCGUUGACGUAGUCAAUGCUGUCACAGAAGUUGCUACGCUAGCUGUAGCGACAUUCGAAGAUUGACCAGCAGGUGCUGCAACAGGUCUUGGCACCACUGGUGGUGAAGUAAGAAACUUACGAUUAGCUUUUGUAAUCCUCGGAUCAAUAGGCAUUCUUUGAUCUCUAGGAUCUCUUGGAUCUCUACCAAAUCUGUCUGUUCUUGGAUCACGACAAAGAUAUUGAAUGUAUUAAGUGCUCUAGGAUCUGUAUUAGCAGAUACAGCUGGAGAUGCACUAACAGGUGUUGAUUGUACUUGUGGUCCUCUUAAAUCUUGAUCCAUUCUAGCUAAACGUGGAUCCAUUUGUCUAUCCAAUGUACGUAAAUCAACAUCUUGACCAGCAAAUAUUGGUGCUGGAGGAUUAGUAACUGCUGCUGGACGGGUAGGAGCCCAUGGUUCUUCAAUUCGGGGUGCAACUGGAUGCACAGCUGGUUUAUCCGAAGGUGUUAAUACACCUGGGAUUGGAUUUGCUUUAUGUAACAUAUUAACUGCUGUAUGAGGAUCCACUAUUCUCAUUACUACCUGAGCUUGUAGCAAGGCAUAUGCCAGUUGAGGAUUCUGAAGCAACAUUUGACGUGCCUCAUUUGGAUUAUUUUGUACACAGAGUUUCAUUUGCUUCAUAAGUUCGAACAUUUGCUCAGGUGGCAAAGAUGCAACAGCUUUACUUAUAGCUUCUGGAGCUUUAUCUGACUGUACUGCCUCUCCAUAUGGAUUCUCAGUGUUCUGCCCUUGUAGGAGACUUUGCAUUUCCAUUCGACUCUUUUCUGUACAUGCAUUAUCAACCCUUAAUGUUCUUCCACCAAUUUCAUAACCAUUUAGAUUUCUCAUAGCACUAAGAGCUGUCUCUUGAUCUUUAUAUUCACAAAAGCCAUAUCCUUUUGGCUUACCUGUCUCCCGGUCAAAUACUAAUCUAAAAAACACUCCGCAUAGACUUGUCCAUGAGCGACUGAUCAGAAAUAGUUGAAUUACUCAUUUUUGCAAUUUAUUCGCUUUUGUUUAUUAUUCGAAAUUUGAACACAGUACCAGUUACUCUCCACUAGAAAAAUACAAACGAAAUCCAAUUCACAUUGAUGUAUGGUGUACUAACCAUAUCACUUUUUAUCUUACUUCAUGCAUUAUUAUUUUUAUUACAUUAGCAUUUAAAUAAAGUCG